UAAAGUAUGAAAUGUUAAUCAAACACAGCGAUUAUUCUCUCGAUCCAAAAUAAAAGUCUGUCCGAGUGAUGAAACGGAAGAAAGCAAAACAGAAUAAACAAAAAUGGAAGAUUUUGAGAAGAAAGUAAAAAUAACUGAAUCAAUGGAGAUUGAAGCAACAGCAGACGAAGAAGCAAACAACAAGUCCUCGAAAACCCUCAUUCUGCUCCGCAGAUUCCUCGCUGUUCAGCAGCGUAGAGCCCAAGCUUAUGCCAAGCUUAAACGGGGCUUUUCUGAGUAUAUGGUUUCAGGAGGGGAAUUAGCUUACCAACAACUUUGCAGUGAAAUUACAGCGGAGUUCAAUGACUGCUCUAAACAAGUACUUGAAAUGGAGUCUCUGUUUCGGAAUCCUGACUUUUGCCUAGUUGAUCUAGCCCAGCUGCUCAGGGCUGUCCAAACGCAGGAAAAGCAAAAACUAAAUCUGACGGCAACGAUUCAGGUACUGAAGAAGGCUGGUCGUCCAUCAGAACGUGUUGUGAGCCAUGAGAACUGUCGAUUUAUGUCUCCGACAGAGCAUGAAUGUGUGCAUGUCCAUGAAAUAACAGAAGCAGCUGGAACUGAAGAAGCAGAAGCAGAUGCUGAGUAUGAUAAUGCUCUCAAUGAAGCCAUUAGAGGUGUUCAGGAUGCUGUGACUACCAUAAAUGAACAUUUAGAGGAAGUAAGAUAUGAAAUUGCGGCACUUGAAGCUGAGUGACUUAAUAUAAUAUUCUUGGCCAGGUCUGAAAAAUCUGGUAAGCAAAGGCUUCAGAAGAAAAUGACCAAAACAUUAAAAAGAAAAAAAAUGAUCAGAUAUGCUGUAUUAUAAAUUGCUUGGCACAUUGGUUUUCAUUCAAAAUUAAAGAUUGUUUGAGUUGGUUAAAUGUACAUAAGAUUCUUUUAUUCGCCAAUAAUUUUCUUUUUAUGUUUAAAAUAUUGCCUGGAGUCAUGCUAUAGUACAUGUUGAAAUGUUACUGGAUCUGUAGUAACUAUUGGAUUGGUUUGCAUUGAUUA